UAAAAUAUGUUUAUUACCAGGAUUGAAUCUUUAUUACCCACUGGAACAAAUAAGAGGCUCUUUGGUAACCUGAUCAGAUCAGACGGUUUUUCUGUUGAUUUUGUUUUUAACAAACGAACAAUCACAGAAAAACGUUUAACCAAGCAAAUCAAUCAAGCUGAUCUGAUCCUGGAUGGUUUUGAGCAGCAUAAAGUUGGCAGCCACUAUUUACCAAUAGGCAUAGAUCCAGGAAGAAAAAGGGUUUUCACUGCAUUUGUUGGUUCAAGUGAUAAUAUUAACAACUUCAGACAAUGUUCCAUCAAUGAAUAUUACCACUUGACAGGCUCUACAAGAUUCUCAGCAGAGCAAGAGAAGAAAAAGAAAGCAUGCGGUAUCAAGACGAUUGAAACAAAUAUACCCACCAAUAAGACUGCCAAUGAAUCACUGUAUAUAGAGUAUGCCAUUUAUAUGCUCGAAAACAUUGGUCGUAUUUUCAGCUUUUACAAUCAAGAAACUGCAAAAGAAGCCUUUUUCUUAUACCAGGGUCGUCAAAGAGCACCGGAGCAAAUGGUAAAAAUGUUGUUAGAUGGUACAAAGAAAUACAACAAGAAGUCAAGAGGAAACAAACGAAAAAGAGCAAAGAACAAAGGGAAGCGGAAAAAGAAGGGGGAUAAGUCUGGAAAGAAGGAUAAAGGAAAGAGAAAAAUGGCACUGAAAACAACAGAAACAAGGUAAAAAGCUACUUGGGCAUGGCUACGAUAAUUUUUAUACUCAUAAGUUUAUGAUACUUAGAGAAAUCAAUUUCUUUCAGUACAAACAGAAGGUACCACUGAUAGUAUUUGGUAGUGGCAUGUUUGGGAAGGACCAUGUGGAGAUGAAAACGGUCCGGACUGGUGUCACUAGUCUUCUAUACAGAACGUUGAAAAGAAGAGAGGACUGGUGACUUACUCGUUGUGGACAUUGAUGAAUAUUUGACGUCCCAAAUAUGUUCCAAAUGUGAAAGUAGGACUUUGGGUGGUAUUAGUGGUGCCCGCGGUAAUAGUGUUCUCGUUUGCAAGACGUGCAGAACAUUAUGGCAGCGUGGCAUCAACGCUAGUUUGAAUAUGAUAAACAUUGCCAAGUCAAUUUGGAAGGAUGAAGGCCGUGCAGAACGAUUCAAGAGAAAUUAAAAAGAGAAGCA